UUCCGAAAGCUUACUCACGCCUGUCGCGUAACUUUUUAUCCCUCCCAAUUUCUCCGCCGCACCCCGCCAUUUGCAUCAGAUCACUUGAACUACUCAUCAACUCGAGAAUUAUCGUCUCGCCCGUCUCCAAGACUGCAGGCGCCCUCCACAAUGGCGGCAGACGGUGUUAUUCCUGCAGUAGCAGAGCUUUCUGUCCAUGAUACCACCAGCGAAGUCUCGAAAUAUCCCAAUUGUUACCCCACCUUAAACCCGGUUGAUAAAUACCGAGCGCAUAUUGCUGAGUUGAUUGGGCCGAUCGUGGGAAAGGAGCCGGAGUUUGUUUAUACUCGACUUCAAUGGACGAAUACUUUAGAUAAAGGCGAUUUACUUCUGGCGGUUCCCGCUCUCCAGAUAAAAGGCAGGAAACCAACAGAUUUAGCUGAGGAAAUUGCCGCGAAGUUCCCUCAGUCGGACCUCGUCGAAUCUCCCAAGGCUGCCGGAACACACUUGCAGUUCCACUUCCGCGCUCAACCUUUGAUACAUACUGUCAUCCCUUCUAUUCUUGAGAAUAAAGCGACCUAUGGAACAAAUGCGAAUAUCGGCCUACGCGAUCCGCGGGAUCCCAGCAAGGGGAAGAAACGAAUCGUUGUGGAGUUCUCCUCUCCAAACAUCGCAAAACCAUUCCAUGCGGGACACCUGCGAAGUACGAUCAUUGGUGGUUUCCUGGCGAAUUUAUACAGAAUCAUGGGGUGGGACGUCAUCAAGAUGAAUUAUCUAGGAGAUUGGGGCAAGCAGUACGGCCUGCUGGCUAAUGGUUAUAAAAUGUAUGGAAAUGAGGAGGAACUUCUCAAGGAUCCCAUCAACCACCUGUUCGAAGUCUAUGUCAAGAUCAACAAGGACGUCGGUGAACAAGAAGGGCCCAUUAAGGAGCUAAAAGAGCAAAUUAAACUAAAGAAGGAAAAAGGUGAAGACGUUGCGGCGUUGGAGAAGGAGCUCGAGACUCUUGUUGAUGCCAGUUGGGACGAAAAGGCUCGUCGGUACUUCAAGAGUAUGGAAGACGGUGAUGAGGAUGCCCUUGCUCUGUGGAGACGGUUCCGUGACCUGAGUAUUGAGAAAUACAAGCAAACUUAUGCUCGCCUCAAUAUCGACUUUGAUGUCUACUCUGGUGAAUCUCAAGUGAAACAGGAGAGCCUGUCUAAGGUUUACCAAACCAUGCAAGAAGAGGGUGUGUCAGAAGACUCAGAGGGAGCCAUUAUUGUUGACUUUACCAAACAUGGAGCCAAGAAGCUAGGAAAGGCCAUUGUUGUCAGAAAAGACGGCACUCCUCUAUACUUGACUAGAGAUAUUGCAGCUAUCUUCGAGCGUGAUGAGACGUUCCACUUCGACAAGAUGCUUUACGUUGUUGCUGCUCAACAAGACCUUCAUCUAGCGCAAUUGUUUAAGACCGUGGAGCUGAUGGGCCGGAAGGAUCUUGCCGAAAGAUGCCAGCAUAUCAACUUUGGUAUGGUUCGUGGCAUGAGCACCCGAAAAGGAACGGUUAAGUUCUUGAACGAUAUUCUCAAGGAUGUCGGUGACAAGAUGCAUGAGGUGAUGAAGAAAAAUGCUGUCAAGUACGAGCAGGUGCAGAACCCGGAUGAGACGGCCGACACUCUUGGCAUUACGUCCGUGAUGGUGCAGGACAUGAGUGGAAAGCGUAUCAACGGCUAUGAGUUCAACCUUGAGGAUAUGACCUCCUUUGAAGGUGAUACGGGCCCAUACCUUCAAUACGCUCAUGCCCGUCUAUGCUCAGUGAACCGAAAAGCCGAGAUCGAUCCGUCAGUCCUCGGCUCUGCAGACUUGUCUCUUCUAACCGAAUCACAUGCCGUCGACCUUGUCAGAUUAUUGUCUCAGUGGCCUGACGUCGUCCUUAAUUCUAUGAAGACGCUCGAACCCACUACCAUUAUUACAUACCUCUUCCGCAUGACGCAUACAUUGAGUUCCGGAUAUGACACGUUGAAGGUCGUUGGUAGCGAGCCGGAGCUGAAGAAGGCGAGAAUGGCGUUGUAUCACUGCGCGAGACAGGUGCUAAAUAAUGGAAUGAGACUGUUGGGAUUAAAUCCUGUCGAACGAAUGUAAUUCCGUUCAUUUCCCCCUCAUUAUUUUGUAUCUUUCCUUAUACCUCUCUCCAUGCGAAAUCUUUGCGUUGCAUCAGCUCAAGUCGGGAUCUGGAUUUAAUGGGCCUUUAAAUUCAAGUAAAAGUAGAGUAAAUGACA